UGGCUUUAUGAAACGCAAAAUCCCUCCAUGGGCAGCGCGUCCGGCAGCUGUUUCAAAACGCGUUUGUCGAAGAGAAGGAGCUCGCCUCGGAGGAAACCGGGCCUGAAGACGCUCUCACCUCUUGCCCCGCCGCCCGCCGUUUAUGUGACCGACCAUUCGCCCUCAACCGUCGGCUGUGUUCGGCUCCCGCUCCGCUCCGCUUCAACAACACAGAGCACGGGGACGAGCCAACGGUCGGCACGCUAGCCGAGAAGGGAAGUGGACUCCGUCUUCUCUUUCAUCAGGCAAAUGCUCCCAGCCGCCCAGCUUGACAGGAGUGAUGGGAUGUGUCAACUAGCAGGUGAGGCAGUCCUGGACAAUGUAAUCGGACUGACGGAUUCAUCUGCAGUGUUCACAUCAGAGCGAGAUAAAGGAGGGACCGAGAUAGACGAGGAGGACAUCACGGACGCAAGGAUGGGCGUGGGGAAGAAUACCACCUCCAAAUCACUGGACAGCACCAGCGAGAGUGGAAAAUACGAGGAGGAGAGCAAACAUGGUGCCGAUUUCUACCCUAUUCCGGUGGUAGUAAACGGAGUCGGUGGCGCCAGUGGAGACCAAGACACUGAGAACACAGAGCUGAUGGCCAUCUACACUAAGGACAACCAAGUAGCAGAAAAGAGCUCCAUGUCUGAGACGCUGGACAGCACAGACAGUGUGGACGCCAGGAGGAACGAUAUGAUCUACACCAUUGAGGACACCCCACCCUGGUACCUGUGUGUGUUCUUAGGGUUACAGCACUACCUGACAUGUUUCAGCGGAACCAUCGCCGUGCCGUUCCUCCUCGCCGAGGCCAUGUGCGUCGGCUUCGACCAGUGGGCCACCAGUCAGCUCAUAGGGACCAUCUUCUUCUGUGUGGGCAUCACCACCCUGCUACAGACCACGCUGGGCUGCAGAUUGCCUCUUUUCCAGGCCAGCGCUUUCGCCUUCCUCGCACCAGCUCGAGCAAUCCUGUCACUGGAGAAAUGGAACUGCAACAACACAGUGGUCCCAGCGCUGAACAGCACAGAGCUCCUCCACACAGAGCACAUCUGGCACCCCAGGAUACGAGAGAUCCAAGGGGCCAUCAUCGUGUCGUCCCUGGUGGAGGUGUGCAUCGGAGCGCUGGGCCUGCCCGGCAUCCUGCUGAAGUACAUCGGACCUCUGACCAUCACACCAACUGUGGCCCUCAUCGGCUUGUCUGGGUUCCAAGCCGCAGGGGAGAGGGCCGGAAAGCACUGGGGCAUCGCUAUGCUGACUAUCUUCUUGGUGCUGCUCUUCUCUCAGUAUGCCCGAAACGUCCACUUUCCUCUGCCAGUCUACAAAGCCAAGAAAGGUUGGACCUCCUACAGACUGCAGGUCUUUAAAAUGUUUCCUAUCAUAAUGGCCAUCCUGGUGUCAUGGCUGCUGUGUUUCAUUUUUACUGUGACCGACGUUUUCCCGCCGGAGAAGGACAAGUACGGUUUUUACGCCCGCACAGAUGCUCGCCAAGGAAUCCUGGCAGCCGCACCGUGGUUCAAAAUCCCCUAUCCAUUUCAGUGGGGCACUCCCUCUGUGACGGCUGCAGGCGUCAUCGGCAUGAUGAGCGCCGUGGUGGCCAGCAUCAUCGAGUCCAUCGGAGACUACUACGCCUGCGCUCGCCUCUCCUGCGCUCCACCGCCGCCCAUCCACGCCAUCAACCGGGGCAUAUUUAUCGAGGGUCUUUCCUGUGUGCUGGACGGGCUUUUCGGGACAGGAAAUGGCUCCACAUCCUCCAGUCCAAACAUAGGCGUCCUGGGCAUCACUAAGGUGGGCAGCAGACGUGUGAUCCAGUACGGAGCCGCCAUGAUGCUGCUGCUGGGGCUGGUGGGUAAAUUCAGCGCCCUGUUUGCCUCUCUGCCCGACCCCGUCCUGGGAGCUCUGUUCUGCACCCUGUUCGGUAUGAUCACAGCGGUGGGACUGUCCAACCUGCAGUUCGUCGACCUCAACUCCUCCAGGAACCUCUUUGUCUUGGGCUUCUCCAUCUUCUUUGGCCUGAUGCUGCCGAGCUACCUCAAACAGAACCCGCUGGUCACCGGCAUAGUUGAAAUUGACCAAGUGCUGAACGUGCUCCUCACCACUGCCAUGUUUGUCGGAGGGUCUGUCGCCUUUAUUCUGGACAACACUAUCCCUGGUUCCCCUGAAGAACGAGGCAUCAGGAAGCUGAAACGUGGUUCUGGCCUCAGUGCAGCAGAACUGGAAGGGAUGAGAUCUUACGAUCUGCCGUUCGGAAUGGACUUCAUCCGCAGAUACCCGAUCUUCAAGUACAUCCCCAUCAGCCCCGCGUUCACAGGCUACCAGUGGGGGAGGCUAAAGGAGUGCGGCAGGAGCAGAAUGGGACACGGGGAUGUGGUGAAGGGAGGAGGGAUGGGAGGGGAGGGAGGCACAGCACCGGGGGAGAGUCGGGUAUAGCCAACGGGCUGCUGGAGAAGUCCUAAAUGUUGCUGAAUUUGGGGAGCAAGGGAUGGUACACUAAGAUAAAACGACGGGAGAGCGGAGGACGGCAGCGGCGCAGGAUUGUGUGGAAGAAAAAUGUGAUGCACCAACCCCCCCACCCCCUCCCCGCCCCCUCCGUCAGUAUGUGUUUUCUUUAGCUUGUGUCAGUCUUUUCCCACUUCCCACUAUGCUAUUUUCAGCAUGCUAUAGCAAGUCACAGCAUGCUACAAAAGAUGUCACCGCGCUGAGGCCGGUCGGUGUGCGUGCAUGUGUGUACAGUAUGCAGUAAGAGAUAACGGGUUCGUGCACUAAUUUCCUUGCACUUCAAUCCAGAGGGAGACAGAUGGACGUCAGACAGUCGAAGCCGAGCGUCUGACGGCUCACUGACUCGUAAUCGCUGCUAACUCGUACUGCCCAAGUCAUUUUUAUGAAACGCGUUCUGCUAAAAGCACAGUGGAACGGAUUUAUGUCAAUUGAGGAUCACGUCACGAGUCGUUCGCCUCCAGACUCGUUAUGCAACCACAUUAGAGGAAAAAAAAAAACACGCGCAGACACACACACCGACAGCCUCGCCACAACUAGCUUGAGCUCUACGAUGCACGACAGGGGUCAUGUAGAUUGAUGGAAGUAGUUUGUCAGGUGCCCUUAGCCACGCAAAGUGAUUGUGAGAUUUAUUUUUGCACUAUCUGCCUCCUGAGUUCAAAACUAGAAUGUCACUUCACGGCCCGCUCCCCGGUUUCCUCCAGUGAAGCUCCGCAGAGACCCACUGAGCAGCACAUCUCACGUUAAAGCACCUCACAUCUCUCUUUGUCUUCAUGUAGGAGAGCGCUAACAAAAAAAAAACAAACCCUCACUAAUAUGUCCGUUUACAUGGUUCUACUUCAGUAUUAAGCAGCGGUUACUAACAAGACCAAAACUCUACCUUUCCUGAACACACACUUACUUCUUGUUUUACGAGCUAAAUUAAUUAUUUUCUGUUUAUUUGACUGCCUUUAUUUGCUUUACAUGUUGGCACUUACACAACAAGCUUUUAGCAACUCCUGCAGUUGCAAAAGCUACGACGACGCACAAAGCGAGACGGACACGUGGCCUUUGUCAGGGAGACUUUGUGUACAUAAAUACUGGGCCUAACACAGACACACAACGACGACGACAGGAGAAUUAAAUGUUCUUUAUCCGGCGACAGCAGACAUCUCUGGUCCUCUUUCAGUUUUUUAGGGGUCACAUGUGCUCUGGUUUGUUUUGUUUUUUAGCAGUAAUGUGUGUUAAAGUAGGAUUUGCAAAGGUUGCACCAUAAAUAAUGCAAACCCCUCAUUAGUGUGGCCGCAUAAUUGUAACAGAAAUUAAGGUUGGGAACGUUUAAAUGUAAUACGAGGGGUUUCUUUGGGUUUUUUUUUUUGACUCAGCCGAUCGUGUCUGCUGCUCAUUAACACUCGAUGGUGUCGAUGACUUUCCCUCACAUUCCUCCUCCCAUCCUCAUCAUCUCCUCCCACUCUCAUCCCUCUGUUUACUGGAGAUAUUCGUUACUCUUCAUCUCUGUUGUGUUUCAAGUCGUGGCAGCACGUUUUGGCUGAGCGACGCGUAGAGCAUCAGCAGCCUGAAAAACCCUGGAGAGCGAUUCUUUCAUUUGACCACACUGUGUGCCUCUGCUGCUCUGAUUGAAAAGCAGCAGUUUGAAAAUUACAAACAUAAUCGUGGAAAAUUGUAGAAACAAAGAGUCGCACAAAUAUUUAGCCCAGCCGAGACUUUUUACUAAAACCAAAAUGCUAAAAGCUCUUCUUUUUUUUUUCUUUUCUUUCUUUUUGCUGUUCUUUGUUCUCAUAAACCAAAACUUUUCUUUUGUUGCUACUGAGAAACUUAGUUUGAAAAUUAGUCUCGCCCCCAAAACUUUUUCUCCUCUUUUUGUCUCUUUUGUUGAAGCUAUUUAUUUAUUUAUAAGAAGAAAGUCGUUUUAAUGAUUGCCUGAAGCAGGUUUAUGUGUCUCUUGCACAAUAUUGAAAGUAUAUUUAUGAGUUUACUCGUCGGUGCCCUGUUUCGGACUAAAUCUGUCGACCGCUGCUCCUGCAUUCGGCCUCGGCUGCAGUCGGUGCUUCUAGAAGCUCACCUGGAGACGGCGGCUGUCGAAGGUGGUUUCUGGUGUGAGAUGUAAACCGCUUCAAUUUCAUUCCAUUUAUAACGUGUUGUUUUUAAAAGCAAGAGAGAAAAAAGAAAAAAACACUUUCAGAUGUUGAACUGGAUCGUUUAGUCUAACCUCCGUGUCAGGGCCUUUUUACUACAAGUACUGUUUGCACAUGUAAAGGUGCCAAGAAGAUCAGGGUCUGAGUGAGUCCUGCUCACUCGUCUGAAGCCCUAAAGUGUCACUAUUGUGCUUUUCCGGUUUAUAGUCGAGUAAGAACAUGUUUUUUGUUUAUUGGCCUGAAGGCAAGUGGCCGGACUGCUUCUUUGUGAAUGAAUAUUUUUGACUGAGAGCGUCUCUGAGCUUCAUUUAUGACUUCAUCCCUCUUGUGACAUUUAACAUUUUCUCACCGUUUAUCCAGCAGUGAAUUACAUCUUCAGAGGUAUUUUUUCUACACGUAUGAUAUUACAGAUGUUUGCUCAGGACACACCAAGGUUAAAAUCCAACGUUUCCACAGACUGAGAUGUAGGGCUGAAUAUUAAAUCGUGAUUUUAGACACUGCAGUUGAGCGUAGACGUUCUGCAGUGCGAGUAAACCAGCAUUUAUAUCAUGUAUAGUCGUGUCCUCCUUGAGCGACCGUCAGCUUCUGAUGUUUGUUUCAAAUCUAUCAGUAUUGAACCUAAACUUCACUUUUAAAAAAUGACAUUGAAAAUUAAAUUUUAAAAUCACAAUAUCCAUCAGAAAAGUUGCAAUUAGAUAUUUUUCCUAAAUCAUUCAGCCCUGCUUUAAUGCUUUGCUUUUUAUUUUCCUGUCUGGCUGGAUUAAGUCGUAGCAAAGCUGCAGUGCUUUACAGAGACCAGCAUUCAACCAAAAAUAGGAGUUUCAGUGAAAGGUAUUACACUGCUUUUAUCACACCAACCAUGGAUGCUACCUAACAUUUGUCUUUUUAUUUUAUUUUACUAGAAAGCAUAGUGGAGAUAGAGAGAGGAUAUGGGUGAAGGAACUAGAACAUUUCAAUUAAGGCCACCGUUUUUCACUUAUAUCUGUCCAGUAUGUGCGUUGGUUAUAAAGCAGAAAUCCUUCAUCAGAUCACAGAAUGCAGUAUUCAUGUGGAAAUGUUGGAUUUAAAUGUUGGUCUCACCAAAUCAAAUGAUGGUUCUGGGUAGACGGUGAGAAACCUGACGAGUGCUGGAGUCACAGAAGAGGCCGUUUAGAGACCGCCUCGGAAACCGUAAAUCUAAAAUCUCCCCACAUCCUCCAUCUGACUGCUGGCUGUGCUCAGGACUGGCAUCUGGAUAGCUGUAGACACAAAGCAGUGUUGGUGAAAUCAGCGGUGUGUUUGUGGCGCGCCGGCUGGUGUUUUGACUCCCCUGCCUUUGGCGGCGACCUUGCUCCAGGACCUGGCGAUGAUCGAGUAGACGUCAGACGGCGGCCGCCGCCUCCUAUGUCUUCUCUGCCAGAGAAGCGGAGGCUGGUCUGGCUCCUGUCCGAGUGGGUUCUUCAUCAUGCACACAUGAUAAUCACGUGCAACAGCUCGACCUUGUUUUCUGUGUCAUAUCAUGUUCGUUCAACCAGCACUUACUUCUCCCAUCACACAGUCUCUCCUCCCUCCACAUCACCCCCCAACCCCCUGCAGUGACGAUAUAUUGGUGUCCUCUCAUGUUUAGUGUACCUGGUUUUCUCCCUGGGAAUUCUUACUGUUGAUGUUUCUGGAUGCGGGAGGAGACACCGGCUGGCCGCCUCGUUAAGAGCCGUGUUGGAGUUGGGCAGCUGAGCGAACCUGCCUCAUCACUUCACCUCAAUGAACACGGGAUGUCUUUGUGCCUAAAGGCAGCUUCCUCUUGAUUUUAACGUCUACCCUCCAGUUUUUAAUCACACCGUCUCUCUUAUUCUAGUUGUUACAGAUUUAGCCGAGUCAACAGCGAGUCAACAGUUUUUUUGGCUUUGUUUCAACCAACAGACGGCUCUUAAGAAGGCGGCCUUAAGGUGUGUAACACAAAGGCAUCAAUCCCUUUCAGUUAUUUUGAAGGGGGCGCUACCUGAAGAAUAUACUUCUGUGUAUUAAGUGUUUUAUCUUUUUCAAUGUUUUGGGGUUUUUUUAUACAGUGUUUUUAUGUUUUUGCAAGCAGAUAUUUGUAAGAAACAAAAUCAUAACUUUUAAUCUUAAAUCAUGCUGGAAAGCGCACCAUCUUGUACUUUUUAUUUAAAAAGUAAAUACAUUUUGAUCCUAUUUUGAAUCUGUGGUUUGGUGGAAUCCUUUUGUUGGUUAGGACCUUUUUUCAUAUUGUAUUUUUUUACUCUAACGUUGCUUUCUGUCCAUGUUAACACCAUUACUAGUACAAAUCAAAGAACAAGCUGAGAAACUUUAAAAAAAAAAGAAAAAGAAAAACAACAACAAAAAAACAAUGUAUAUUUAAUGGAGUACAGUUUGCUAAACAUUCUGGAAGAUAAAUUGUGUAAAACUAAUUGUAGCAACAAAAUGUUUUAUUCUCUGUUCCUAAAACUAUUUAAUAAGAUGUUACAGAACGAA